UGUUUCCUUUUCGACGCACUUCGACCACAAACUUCUUUUCGCCAUUCCCACCGAAACCAAGCUGCAAUAAGUGUACUUGUACUGAUCGAACACGCACCAGAAAGAAGCGAUUCGUUCAACGCUCCUUCUUUCAUUCCGACUUUAUUGGCAACGAUAAUAUUACAAUCAUUGGAUCGACUAGAUGUUCCACCCAACGAAGGACGAAGYWACGAUGGAAGGAAAAGGUCAGACGAAAGCGAACCGAACGGUAGAUGGUAGCCCUGCUCGGAGGCCAACCCUUUUGGGAAACGAUUGUCUCAAAGCGAUCAUCUAUAGCGCCGUUGUUCUCCACGCCCUGAAAUCUGCGGCAAAAUCCUGGAACGAUCCUCCCUCCGAUUCGGAGUCCGACGAUGGURAUUCCUACUUUCGAUAUUCCCUUCCGAUCAAUCUAUUGGUAGCUGCAUAUGGGACUUACGCUCUGGUCCAGGAACUACGCUUUUUGCUCUGCGUUCUGCCCUAUCUUCCGCCCGGAUCCCUCGGGAUCCCCUUUCUGGGAAACAUCCUCGAAKUAAUCUUUAAACACAACGGCGUCAUCUUCCUCCACCUAAUCGAACAGGGAAAAACCUUGAGGAAAUCGCGGUCGAAAUCUGCCGCCGAUGUCUUCUUCACGACCGUCCUAAAUCAGAGGCUAGUGACGCUGGCAGACAGCGCGGGCAUUUCAUGGGUAUGGAACCAGGACCGCAAAUCGACGACAGAGGUGGCGUGGCCGCCCAACAUUUCGGCGCUGCUGGGGCCCAACUCGGCCGCCAAUGCGUCCGGGGGGCACCACCGGGCCCUUCGUCGGCUGAUGGAGCCCUUCUACGCACCGCUCGUUGUCCAAAACUACGCCUCGGUAAUAACCACCACCACCGACGGAGAACUUUCGAGAUGGCACUCGAUGACGAGCAGCGACAGAAACUCCUUUGUCUCUGGAGAGGUCUUCAAGCUAUACGCACUACGCUUGUUUUUGGCGGCAAGCUUCGGCGAGGUCGAUGAGGCGGUGGUCAAAUCGCUCCACGACGAUACGAAGAUAUACAUCCAGGGCUUUGUGKUGGUAACCGGAACUCUGCGGAUUCCUGGCAUGGCCUUCGAUGACGCCAUGAAGGCCCGGGAGCGGAUGCAAGACACCUGCCGCAUUCUCUUGGCUAAAUUCAUCGAGGAACACCCGRAGGGGUCCCAUCUGGCCGAAACCACUGUCAUGGGGAAAAUGGUUUACUCCAAAACUUCCGACGGAGUAGGGCUGACUACGGACGAAAUCCUGGAUAAUCUCAUUCUGCUGAUUUUUGCGGGCCACGACACCACCUACGCAUCGAUCAACACCGUCCUAUACUACCUGACACACGACCCGUUUGCCAUGGAGGCCCUAAAGGAGGAGGUCUCCGCCUUUGCGGAACCACUGGAGUACGACAAGCUCAAGAACGAAGCCCCGAUAUUGAACGCCAUAAUGCACGAAGCCUGGCGCAUGUCCCCACCUAUCUCGGCCGGUUUUCGAAAAUUCAUCGCGAACMACAGGCCAGGCAGCAAAAAACCAAGUACGCUGGAAUUCUGUGGUUACCGGUUCUCCAGUGGCACCGUCUUCAACUACAACAUCAACCUGGCCACCCAAGACGACAACCUCUACCCGUCUGCGGACUCAUUCCGGUUCCAGAGAUUCCUGCCGAAAGGCCAUCCUCUCUAUGAUCCCGACUGGAAGUCGGACGUAGAUCCCGCCCAGGGCAGGGCCGACUACCCCAUCUUCGGGGGAGGGACCCACGUAUGCCUCGGGAAAAACUUUGCCAAGAUGGAGCUGCGGAUUCUCCUGGCCCGGAUCUUUAUGCACUACACCAUCGAGACAAGGAAUCCGACGAAGAUCCAUGCCCCAGUGAACGGAUGGGCCCUCGAGUUCCGGUUGGAACRAAAGGAGCGUGGGCGGAAGAGUUGAAAAGAAGCACAGACGCAAACACAAGUCCCUUCAAUCAAACGGCUGCAUUCUC